CGAAGUUGGAGCCCUUCUGUCAUCGUGAUCUGAUUCUGCUCCCUUCACGGCCGGUCCAACCUUUUGCUUUCUUCGCCGCGGUCAUGAAUGGGUCAGCCGACCCUGCGGAGACACCACCCCUACCCCGCUUGCACGGAGACGGCGCUGCUGGUCCCGCCGUCGAAUCCGAAUCAGACCCCACGCUCCCUUCUUCUUCUCCUCCGCCUCCGGACGAUGAUGUGCUCAUUCCUGCCGGCAACGUCGCGCUCACUGAUACCGUGUCUCCCGAGGAAACGACGCUGGAUCGGGUGGCCCGAGAGGGCGAUGAGGACGGGCUGCUGACUGUGCACACGAGCGACCUGAAUGGCGACGACCUGAUGCUCGAGACGGUGGGUGGACAGGCGGACGAGGCACAGGAGUGGUACCAGGAUCCGCAGGAGCAGGAGAUGAAACGCGUCAAGGUGUACGAGCUUGUUGGCCAGCGUUGGGUUGAUCAGGGCACGGCGUUCUGCUUCGGGCAGAUCUCAGAGGACUCGGACACGGCUCAUUUGAUUGCACGGUCCGAGAGGAACUACAACGAAGUUAUUCUGUCCACACCCAUACGCAGCACGGACGUUUAUCAGCGGCAACAAGACACGCUCAUCGUGUGGACGGAACCAAAUGGGGCUGACUACGCGCUCAGUUUUCAAGAUCCCGAAGGCUGCGCUGAAGUGUGGAAUUUCAUCUGCGAAGUUCAACACCAUCUCUCGACCGCUGAGGAGCCAGCAACCACGCUCGAGCCAGGUCCCAGCCAGCGCAGCAGCAGCGAACUUCCCACGCCUGAACUGGGUACUCUCGCAGACAUUGAGCGGAUCAUCAAAGGCCUUUCUAGACAAAGCCAAUUGAAAGACUUUUUGGCUGAUUACAUCAUGCGCGAGGAUUACUUCAAAAAACUGAUUAGCGUGUUUCGCGAGGCCGAGGAUCUCGAGAGCGUCCGUGAUCUUCACACUUUGUGUUCAGUCACACAAGCUAUCCUCAACCUCAACGAUCACAACCUCUAUGAAUACAUUCUCGCUGAUGAGCACUUUACUGACAUCGUCGGGAUGUUAGAAUAUGACCCUGACUUUCCGAACCACCGUGCCAACUAUCGAGAGUUUCUGAAACAGACGUCCCAAUUUCACGAACCCAUUCCCAUCAAGGAUCCCGCCAUGCAGCGCAAGAUCCAUUACACGUAUCGACUACAGUUUCUCAAGGACGUCGUGCUCGCACGAGCACUAGACGACUCGACCUUUAAUGUGCUCAACUCGUGCAUCAUCUUCAACCAGAUCGACAUCAUCACACACAUGCAACAAGACGCCUCGUUCCUGCGCGAGGUCGUCCGGCUGUAUGUCGACGAGGAAAUGCUAGCGGGCAGGAACGGAGCGCAAUCUCAGCACGGGGGAUCGUACGCCUUUGCACCUCCAGAAAAUCUGUCGCCGGGGGACCUCAUGCUCCGCCGCCAAGUCGUGUUUCUGCUGCAGCAGCUGUGCGCGAUGGGCAAGAACGUCCAGCUGCCAGCACGCAUGGCGCUGUUCCGGACUCUGGUCGACCGGGGGAUUCUGUUUGCUGUACAGUGGGCGCUGGGGCUCGAAUCUGAGAGCGACGCGUUGCCGGUUGUCGGUGCGGGCGGCGAGGUGCUCGCCGCUCUGCUCGACCACGACGCAUUCGGCGUGCGGGGGCACGUGCUCAAGCAGGUUCUGGCCAUUGACAAGGAGCGGGAGGCGAAGAAACGCGGUGCGGAUAAAGCUGAGACGCUCGUUGAGCUUGUAUGCCGACUCGUUGCGCGGAACAAGAACUUUGCUGUCCAGAGUCAGCUGGGAGACGCUCUGAAAGUGUUCAUGGACAUUCCCCCACCGGGAGAGGCGGGUGCUCAGGGGCCUUCGGAGGCUGCGCCUGGCGGUAUCCGCAAUCAGCGGCGGGACGAGCCUGGUACGGAGCGAUUCAUGGAUUACUUUUACCGAGACUGCAUCGCCAUCCUUUUCAAACCGAUGAUCGAGCUACCAGAAUGGAAAACCGUCUCAGAUCCGAUUUUCCUCCUCACCCGCGAAGAGACGAAUCGCUUUACGUACCUGGCUGAUCUGCUGCACAACUUUAUCUCGCAGCACAACUUUCGCGCCUAUUUUUACGUCGCGUCGUCUCAGAUACUGGCGCGCAUCCCCACGUUGCUUCGAGCGCGAGACAAGCAUUUACAGCAUGCUGUCUGUCGGAUCUUCCGAUUAUUGCUGAGGCUGAAAAAUGCAAAUCUGCACGUUCAGGUGAUGAGGCACGAUGCGUUCAAGCCGAUUCUCGACCUGACGCUCCGGGAAUCGCGGAGAGACAACCUCAUAAGUGGGACGUGUCUGGACUACUUCGACUGCAUCAGAAAAGACAACAUGAAGGACAUGAUCAAGUUUUGCAUGGUGCAUCACGAAGCGGAGAUUAGACAGCUUGCGAACACGGCUCUGGCAGGGUCGUGCUUCCAGCAAUUCAUCCAGCGGUGGGAGAUGAACAAUGAACCGCCACCGCCAGAAGGCACGCCCGUCGAAAAGCCGGCGGAACCACGAUGGCCCAGUGCUGUACGUGCCCAGGACACGGAGGAAGAGGACUACUUCAACGCAGACGACGACGAGGACGCCUACAUCCCCCCGAUCAGCCAGCACCAAGUCGUGCGCGGAGGGCUCAAGCGCAAACGGGCGAGCAGCAGCGUCGUGCCUCGCUCACCGUCGCCGUCGCCGUCGUUGGGAUCGCUGAUGGACUACGGAGAGGACGACGACGACGAGCUUGUGCCCGGGCCGUCGCCCAAACGGCCCAUCGACCAGGAUGAUGAGGACGACGAGGACAACAUGCUUGAAGCCCUCGUGCGCGGCAACGCCGGGCCGCGGCUGGGCGAGAAACGCCGGCGGCCGGAGGAGGAGGAGGAGGACGAGAUGCUGGAGCGGCUGAGCAAGAAAGCGCUCCUGAAGACGGACGAUCCGCCUGCAGCGAAGAAGAUGAAGCUGAAGUUCGGAUCGGCGGCGGCGGCGUCUAUAAACGGCGCCAAGGACGGUGAUACAGGGUAGUAGGCUCCGCCUGCUCGUAGGUAGUCAGUCAGUGUUUGUGCUUAUGUUGUCCCCCACCGCUUUCAUGUUUGCCAUCUGUGAUUAUGUAUUGCUUGUCUCGGGAGUGCAGUCCAGGGAGGAGGCGGACACCGGGUGUGUAAAUCCAUAGACGCAGAUUCGGUGACGCGAGAACGGAGACGCGCUUCGCUAGACGAUGAUAGCUGUUGUUGCGUCGCUCCCUGAAACAAGGGCCCUCGAUAGGGCGAAUCAUCACGCCACUCGUGCGGCCUAGUGUCCAGGAUGUGUUGCGCGGUCUGACUGGUUGCAGGCGAGGAGUGUUCGAGUAAUUCUGCGGGACUUCCAGUUUCGAGAAGAAGAGGCAGCAGUAUGUAUCGCUCGAGCUGCAUCUCCCUCUCCCUCUGAGCGCUGCGUGCUGGUGUUGGCGGUGGUGGUAAUCGUCGCAGAGUAUGGGCCACAUUCAGUGCCCUUCACCGAUCAAGUACAAAGGAGAGCCUAAUAAACAUUGGUUGUUGCUUUGGGAUAUGGGCCGACCUAGAUCUCGGAACCGUCUUGGCUGGGGAGGAUGGAGGAACGGAGUAGCGCGCUAAGGAUGCUCGUUUAGUCUAUGUCCAGUUGCAGGCAAGAGAUGUGGACAGCCACCUGCCAACCGUGUCUUUGCCUUGGACAGGCUACUCGAAGAUCAGAGCAAGUUGGCAUAUACUCAUUGACAGAAUUAUUCAGCCUAUUCAAUAUCAGUGCCGAGAUUUUCAAGGUCCAGUCGCCUUAUCACCAUAUAUCGAUGCGGGUUGAAACUGGAGGGUCCGAUUCCUCCGGUCCCGAUUCAUUUCAGCAGCGAAAAGCACUACUGCUGCUAACUACUACAACGCUGGAGAUCAAAUCCGAGUACAACUAGAUAAACUCAUCUAUAACACUCCGCGGUCUCCUGAAUACACCCAACGGCUUAUAAUCGACAUCGAAUCCAAACGCCCUCGGGCCGCCAAUCUCGAGCCCUCGCGCAGUCGACGUCCACUUCUCCGAACCAGCGAUACCGAUGACGACGACGAGCAGCCCGUACCGAUACUCAGGUGUCCCGAUAGCUUCUCCGCUGGCUGCAUCGCAGACACAGAUCAAAUCCGGCACGCUCGCCACCACCGUGUCGUCAUCCGCCAGUGCCAGGAUAUUCUCGUUCUUGAACGGGAUCUUGAGCGAGCCACUGAAUUGGGGCUGGGCGGAAGCGCCCGGGCCGCUGCCGCUGACGUCGGCGGCGCUGAUGACGACUUCGCCGUAGACGUGGCCAUGGACGGUCUUGCGUUCCACAGAGACAAUCUUGCCUUUGAACAAUACCUUGGCCGAGUCAGAUCCGCCCACUUGCUCGAUGAUCGCCUCGGCCACGGAAUCCGUCUGGUUUUUGCUCCGGCAGAGAGCGACAGCUCGGCCAAUGCGCCACGCCAGAGAGAUGGUGUUUUCCACGACGAAGCGUUUCGUGUUUAGCCCCGUGCAUGGACCCUUCGCACAUCCCACAUGGCUGCCCAUUUCAGACAGCGCGGCACGAAAGAUGCGUUCGAUUUGCUUUUCCGAUGUUCCUGACAGCAGAAUCUUCAAGCAGUCUGUCAGUUCAUCUCACCAAAGUCUAACAGCGCCGUCACGCACCAUGUUGUUGCCGUUGCCAUCCGCGAUGGCCGUAGGCAAGAACUGCGCCUGAUCGCCACCAAUCACCACCGGCGUAAUUUGCCACGAGACAGGAUAAGCACGCCCCAUCCAAUCACCGUCGACCGUCGGAACAUUCAAGUUGGAAGAAGCUCCGAGCAGCAUCCCUCGAGUGGCGUUGGAUCGGACAGCUGGAGGGAUCGAAUCCAACCCACACACCUUGCAAUCCGUUCCCGCCACCGAUCUCCAACGCGAUCACAGCAUCCGGGUGCGUUCCCAGAUGCCGGUACACCAUACGCUGUGCUUCCAUCUGCCUGCAACGCCGGUCAAAUCGCAGACGGAAGAACGACAUGAUACUCACUCGUCCGCAGGCAGCUUCUCGAUCCCAACCGUCGGCGAACCUUUUCCUCCACCGCAGGCGACCAUCGCAGUGUCCGCCAGGUCCGUAGGCGAUAUGACACGCACCACGGCGCCGUUCCGAAGCAUCUCGCGUAGCCGAAUAAAGUGGGGAUACGGAGUACCACCACCCCCAGUCCCGAGGAUGUAACAUCCGGUCGAUAUCCACUCCAGAUCGAUCUCGGACACCAUCCACUCCCGUUGGGGCGUGAUGCGAGGUCUGUAAGUCGAGAUGUCUAAGUCUGGCGUGCUGGAUCUUGUUGCUUUCGAAGGCCAUUUGUCGAUUACGACGGUCUCGUGAUGUUCUUCAUCGUCCAUGUCGUCUGAUCCGAGACGGGCUGGGUGGGAUUUGGCAAAGUCAAAGUCGCCCACUGCUUUCACGAUCACGCGGGCUUUAUUAGCGAUGUACUGAUUGUAUUGUCAUGAAUCUAUUGCGUGAAUCUUGCUAAAGGCGCACCUGGAGAGGGAUAGCGUCCAUCUCAGCGAUCGCAAUAGUCUCUCGCGCCGCGCCGUUCUGGACAGCUUUCUCGACGGCCAUCUUCGAGAUGUCGUCCAGUGCGUCUUGGGUCGUGCGGUUCGCAGUGCUGACCAUAGUAUCGACAGUCCCGGAGACCCUUGCGAUGGCUGGAGCUAGAAUGAGCCACUUUCAAUCACAACUGGAUCUUCCACCGACCGGCACCGAUCGCAUUCGCCACGCCAGAGUAUUCGGGCUUGAAGACUUUGCUGGCACCGCGAAGCUCUGCAGGAGCAAGAACAGCCCCGCCGCCGACAAGGAGAACAGGUAGAUCGGCAUCUGUCGUUUUCAUGCUGUCGAUGGCCCGUUCGAGCAUUUGCUUCACAACUUGCGAAUAGGCCGGGGAUCCCUUUUUGACGGAAUCAGGCAACAAAUCCGCGUUACCGAUGCCCUCGAGUCCAGAAGCGGUGACCGCGAAGUCGGUGGCAGUGGCAACAUUGCCCCCGAAUACAAGCGCCUCGGUGCCGAUGCGAUGCCCGACAGAGUCCGGUCCCACCGACGUUCUUCCUUCGACCUGGCGAACAAUCGAUCCUCCGCCGAGGCCGAUACUCUGAACGUCGGGACAAGAAAAAUUCAUACGAACGCCGGAGAUUUGGGUGACCGCAGACGCUUGCCUCGGCAGUCCACUGGGUAGAAGCAUUCCCACAUCUGUAGUAGUUCCACCUCAAAGGAAAUCAGCCGCCAGCUGGCGACGAGAAGAGGGAGACUGGGGCGAACCUAUGUCCACGACGAGCAUGCUUUGCUCGAUUGCUUGACCUUGCACUAGGAAGGCAGCCCCGCACAUCGAGUUCGUCGGACCGCUCGAAAAGGUGCGGAUCGGAAGUCUGGCAGCGACUCUCGCGGGGACAAUCGUGCCGUCGUUCUGAGUCAGAAACAACGGGCAUUGUAAAGCAAGGCGGGAGAUGGCACAUUCGAAAGCGCGGAUGGUAGUGCGUGCAAAUGGGAGGAUAGAUGCGUUCAAUAUGGCCGCAUUCUCUCGUUCGAUGAAGCCCAGAUUCGCGACUAGACACUUAUGAUCAGCAUAGUUCGUCGAAGUGGUAGAUAAGAAAGGGAACGGCACCUUCUUUCGAGAUGACGACGCUCGCCUCUGGAUAACAGCUCCUUAUCCACUCUGCCACGCGCUCCUCCUGUCGCUCCACAAAAUCAGACGGAGAGAAUACGCCGUUGACGACAAUGGACUUGAUUCCUUUGGUUCGGAUCGCCGCGCACUGAUCGACGACUUGCGCUUCGUUGAUAUCUCUGAUCACUGUGCCGUCCACCUCCAAUCCGCCAUCUACGCAGCCUAGAUGACCGCAUAUAAUAUCUCGAAGAUCUUCAGGCCAGUCGAUACCGGGAUAGACGUCCCGCGAAAACGGCCCACAAAGGCGGAUCACCGCGACGGGCGCUAGCCGAUUGCGAUCCUUCUCUACUACCGCAUUGACGAAACUGCAGAGCGUCGAGAAAUCCACAUUCAGAUCGCUGCGCGCGCGGAUGGUCGUCCACAGCUCACUGUGUCGUUCCAAUCGUGACACUAACGACGCGCGAUGAGUCAGAGUUGAGCGUAGCUUUGCGCAGAAGCGCUUUGAUUACGGUUUCGAUGCCCGUGCUGGGGUCGGGCGUCGUAGGCGUUUUGUGCCAGGCAAGGAUACCGCGGUCGGGCUGUGAGCGGGCGGACGCGUCGAGGAGCACGCCGUCGGUGUUCGUUCCUCCUACGUCGACCCCGAUACGUAGUGCCGUCAUCGCACUAGCAGAAGCGAGUAGUGAUGCGAUCAAUUUACUUGAUGUUCCCUACGCCCAUGACGCUGAACCAUGCCUCCGUCUCUGCUUGGAGCAAAUUUCUCAUGGGGGACUCCUUUUCACUUUUCAAGUCGGCCGGGUUGAUGUCUUCGACCAUGCGAUGCACAAGAACGACUACUCGAGCAGAACGACCGCACAGCAUCCGAUGGUCUUCAGAUUGGACACAACUUGCUGCAAUUGCUCUGCCUGCACUCCAUAUCUUCCCCCAAUAUGCAAGAUUAUUCCCAGCUCCCAGAUACUCCCUGAAAACGACCAGACUCGAAUAGUACCGCACACCGCUGGCUAAACAGGCAUGACCAUUCAAGUUCGGUUUCAGGACGCCACCGGCCUCGCGCUUCUCAACGAGCACAUGCGCGAGAAAGAAGCCAUGAGAUCGGAAUCGCGAAGCAGAACUUGGGUACAUCCCGACAAGUACAAGGCGAUCCCCAUAUUCACCUCAAUCUGUCAAGACUAGAUCGCUCUUGAUGCUUUUGGAGCCCAAAAAGAUGUGCUGCCGUGAAAUUUCAAGUUCUGGGCUCUGUAAGUGGCGAGCCUGCCGUACACCGUCGAGUUGCACAACACAUGGGACGUAUCCGACCACGUGCUCUACGAGAGAUGGCGGACAGCACAUAGCACAUUGCGGCGUCAUUACAGCCCCAGUCACAUUGUUGACCGCUAGCGCACUCGCUGCUGUGAUUGACUCACGUGAAUUAUUUUCUUUUCGCUGCAAGAAUCUCUCCGGCUGAUGGGCUGUCCGGGAUUUACGCAACUGAACGCGGGCUGAUUUUCUUGUCCCUCUAAUCAGGUACUUGAGAAACAAAUCCGUUUUGGGACGGAUCUGGUCAUGAUUCUGCCGCUGCAGAGUUUGCUAUUGGAUCUGCAAUGUGAUGUCGAGAUGGCCAUAGGGGGCAAGUUCCGCUCUGAUUGUUCUAGCUCUGCUUCUGGGACGAGACCGGAUUCAUAACGACAGUUGUGGUUCUUUGUCGUUCGUGUCAGUAUAUUUCGGGGACACAGGGUCCAACCGUGACGUCAACCAGCAUCUCUUCUUGAUCAUGUCAUCGAGUUCCGGCGUCAGGGAGGGCCCGGCAAUGGAACUAUCCUCAUGGCUCGUACGACUGGGACAUAAGAUUAACAGUGGCGCUAUUUACUAAACGAUUUGAAAUUUCAUUUGAACUGUCCAUACAUGGUCCUCUGUGUAGAUAAUUCGGUUGACUUCCUGCUUAAAAGAUGGAGAAAAACGUCGCUGGGAUUCUUGAUACCA